AUGGUGAAGCUAGGAAAAAUAAGUAAGAGGCAACCCCUUAAACAGAAAUAUGCCAUCACAAAGAAAGUAGCGGCACACAAGAAGAAAUUAAAAAAAAUCAUUAAAAAAACAAAAAUACAUAAUAGAAGGAGUACGAAAAAAUCUAUGAAAAUACCAGAAUGUAUUUUUAAAAAAGACAUAUUAAGUAAUAUAAAGAUAAUUUCUUCGAAGAAAAAAAACAAAAAUAACGAUGAUGAAGACACAUGCAAGGAAUUUAACUUGGAGCAACACGAUGAUUGCACGUUGCAGAAUAUGAUGUUUCAGUUGGACAUGUCCUCGGAGGGGGUCCCGCAGGAGAAACUAAACCAUGUUCCUCGCGGCGCACUUCUAAAUGAUGGCACCUUGGAUGGUAGCACAACAUGUGGAAGCGCACCUGUAGACGAAGCUAACGCAUGUUCCCUACCCUUUUACAACUAUCUCGAUCUAAAAUUCGCGACAAAAAUGCACUUAUUUGAAAAGGCAAAGGAAGAAAAGUAUCCCUCACUAAACGAAAAGUACUUACACCUGGAUAACCUACUAGAAAUCAUACGAAAUUGUGAUGCCCUUUUUUACAUCAUAGAUGUUAGGAACCCAUUAAUGUAUUUAGAGGAAGAUAUAAUAGACUUCAUUAAGCAGUGCAAAAAGCAAGUCAUUUUAAUUUUAAAUAAAUGCGAUUUGGUAGACGUGACUCUAAUCCAACAAUGGCUACAUUUCUUUCGCACCUCUUUUUUAACAAUACCCUUUAUAUGUUAUGAGAAGCAAAAUAUGAGCUAUUUAGUCGUAGAAGGAAAUAAUGCAGCCCCCCAAUUGGCACCAGGGCGUUCAAAUAAUAUCCCCAGCGACAGUACCAACUACAAAAUAUUUGUAAAGUCACUUGUGAAAAACUUGUUUAACACGAAUAGGAAAAUUACCUAUGGGGUUCUUGGACACACAUAUACAGGAAGAGUCAGCUUCAUGCAAUCUGUCCUCAGCGCUUUCGAAUUAGCAAAUCGCAUAAACAAAACAACAGUUAUUAAUCUUGAAGAAAAUAUUAUUGUGUACACAAAAUGUGGCAUCAUUUUAAAAAAAGACCUUCAUGGCAUUGGUCUAAUUAAAAGAUUACAUGUACUAAGCAACAAAGACAGAUUAACUUUUUUAACUGAGUUUUUGCUUAAUUUAGCGGGCAAAAAUUUAUUAAAAAUUUUAACCCUUAUAAACAGAGCAGAAAUUGCCUACGAGUACAAAAAUCACUUUGGCAAAGAUAAGGACAAGUUGCAAAAAGUAGAAAAAAAAAAAGAACUCAUUGGCUUAAUUUUAUUAAAGGACCCAAAUGAAGAGGUUGAAAAUAACAAUAUUAAUUAUAAAAAUGUUACCAAACUGUACAAUAAAUUAUUCUUAAACAAAAUUGCUUAUUACGUUAUCCCUAAGACCAAGUUGUCCCUUUCACGUGAAAAAAAUAAUGACACUGUUGACCAAUUUUCAAGCACCUCUAUGGACAUUUAUCCCAAAGUUGAUGACUUUGUAUUUUCCCAGGACAGAAUGUUUGAUGAUUUUAUUAUUAUAAAAAGUGACAUCAUGUGUCAAGCUUAG